UUCCACGUAGACCAUCUUAUCCAUUUCCUCCACCUUCUUCUAACCCGAAAAAAAAGGAAAAAAAAUAAAAUCUAAAUCCCACUCUUCAAAAAUAUCCCCUUCUUUUUCUCUCUCUCUAACAUCAACAAACAAUCCAUCCAUCCAUCAAUGUCGACCGCAUUUCCCGCCUUCCAGUCCCCAAUCUUCUCCUCCUCCGCCGCCGCCGCCGCAGCGGCGAACAACCACCGCAGCCUCAAAGUCUCCGCCCAAUCCAACAGCUGGUGGUCCCCGCUCUUCGGCUGGUCAUCCGACCCAGACUACAUCAACGGCGCCGCCGUUAAGAUCGAAGCGGGCCACGUGGAUUCCGAUUCGGGCCGGGCCGGGCCGGACAGGAGCCUUUUCCGUGGCUGCUUCACGGAGGAGAAGGCGAAGGAGCUGCGUAAGAAGACGGUGGAGUUUUCGAAUUUCCACGAUAUUAUGUACCACUCGGCGAUCGCAUCCAGGCUGGCAUCCGACGUGUCCGGCGGCGCCGAGCGUUGACUUUGACUUUCCUCCGGUGAGGUGGUCGGAGUUAAUGAAAAAAGUAUUCCAAUUUGUCGACUAUGAAUUCGUUUAGAAAUAAUUAGGGCUGUGUUUGGAUGGAAAUUUAGAGACGCCUGGUGGAGAUUGAAGAAUGUACUUUGGUGGUGUUGGGAUUGCUUUUGAAAUUGAUUAUUGCUAAUUUUAAUCUUUAAUAAUCAUGUAAAACUAAUUAGCAAUUCCGUAAUCACUUUUAUGUUUUCUUGUUGUUAGUAAUUCCGAUUCCUAAUUGAUAUUAUCCUUUGUUUGCUACAACGGAUUGAGAUAUUUUUGGAUAUUUUGAGUUGA